CUCGUGAUUUUUCGUAGGCGCACGAACGGCGCAGCCGUUCUCCGGCCGCGCCGAGCACUACGAUCCGCGCGCGACGCCGAGCUCCCAGUGUGUUUUUACUCGGGGUUGAGUAAACUCCGGCCUGUUGUGUAUCAUAAUACCGUAGCGUGCACACGCGGGUGCUAACGGGGUUAGCGUGCGUCCUCGCGCUAGCGGCCGAGUCGGCACUGUUCAACUGAAUGCACCUUCGCCUCCUGUCUUCACCGCGGCCUCGCACACCCGUCCGUCUUCCGCGUGUCUGAGAUGAGAUUUUCGGGACACGGUCAACAAGAAUAUACUAUCACGCAGCAGCGGGGCGCGCCGUAGACUCCACGAGCGACGACGCGCUAGUUUUUCCGGAUAUCAGCGCGAUCGCUCGUUAGACACCUAUCGGUAUCUCUGCCACUUGGGUAUCCAAGGUACUUUGGAUUACGUGGUCCGCGACGGUACAGUGACGACGCUCGCAAGUGCUCGCGGCGACAGAUGAGAGUGAUAGUGCGAAACGUGAGUUUUACCACGGGAACGAAUCAGGAAAAUAAUGUUCGACUGAACAAUUGAGGAAGACAAUUGUAUCAAUCGGGAAUAUUUAAUAUUUGCCGAAUAAGUGACACGAGUGGAAUCGAUACCGCGAAGAGAAGACUUGAUAGCACGCAAUAAAUAUAAAAAAAUAAUCUCGAUGAAUAGCCGCACUCUUGGGAUAAACUGUUAACGUUCAAGGAACGCGUUAUGUAUUAUUUAUAUAUUUUACAAGAUAACGAUUGUAAUUCUAUCCGAGGUGAAUAGUGAAGGAGAGCUACGAGAGUGACUUGUAAUUCGAAAACACGUGAAAAUAUGGCAUUCGCUAUCUAGAGGGCAGUUGGAGGACUUCGGAGAGAAAAGAAUUCGGAGCGAAAAGUGAUGGACAAUAGAAUAGAAGGUAAAACAACUGCGUGAGACGGAGUUUUAAACGUGCAAGUGCCGCUGCUGAAGACACGGCGAGAAAGCGACGCUCCUGCCGCCUCUGAUCCACGGGAGACGUGGGGUAUCGCACGAGUCGGACGCUAAGAACGACCUUGAGAAACAUGCGCGUUGCGGGAUCGCCGCUGGAGGAAUAGCGCGGCGUUAACGCAGAGAGCACGAUUGACCAAAUUGCGCCGGUUGGGACUCGGUGUUUCGAUCGCGAUCGUCGUCCGUGGAUCGUACGGAGCGCGAGCGCGCGAAGAUGCACACGCUCUUCACCGAGCAGAAUGCGUACUAUCGGCACGCGGCGACGGUGCCGAUGGGCAUGGGCGCGCCGUCGUACCCGGCGGUGGGCGCCCCCGGAAGUUACUACGACCAGUACCGGUACGGCGGCUACACGACGGCCACGGGGUAUCCGAUGUCUGGUAUCAGCCAGCAGCACAUCCAUCAUGCCGGCAAGGACAUGGUCAAGCCGCCCUACUCGUACAUCGCGCUAAUCGCGAUGGCCAUCCAGAACGCGCCCGACAAGAAGAUCACGUUGAAUGGCAUAUACCAGUUUAUUAUGGACCGUUUCCCGUACUACCGCGAGAACAAGCAGGGCUGGCAGAACUCCAUCCGGCACAACCUCAGCCUAAACGAGUGCUUUGUGAAAGUGCCGCGGGACGACAAGAAGCCCGGCAAGGGGAGUUAUUGGUCCCUCGACCCGGACAGCUAUAACAUGUUUGACAACGGCUCUUACCUGAGACGUCGCAGGCGUUUCAAGAAGAAGGACGCGCUGAAAGAGAAGGAAGAGGCGCUGAAACGGCAGGGGAUUCAACUGGAGAAGCGUCAGGAGGACACCAAGUCCGGCAGCAGCCAGGUCACGUUGCCGCCGCCGUCGGACACUCCGGCGAAGAAGCUGAGCGUUCUGGAGGCCGCCACGGGCCUGUGCAAACCCAAGCGCGAGCCGGUCAACGAUAAUCACUGUAUGGCGGCGGCGGCCGCCGCAGCGGCGGUCCAGGCCAGCAAAUACGGCCUGCACAGCCCGAUACAGGAGGACAAGACGACGACGGCGACGGUCGCGCCCGGCCAGAGCGUGAUCCAAACCGCCCUGGGCCACCAGGUGCACCCGACGCAUCAAGUGCACCAGGAGCCGAUCCAGGACGUGUCGAUGGCCGGCCUGGACCCGACCAGCUUCAGCGUCGACGCGCUCAUGACGCGGGAGAACAGCGCCGGCCUGAUGGCGCGCGACAACCAGCACCACUCGCACCAUCCGCACGGGCUCCAGCACCCGCACUCCAUCAUGAGCAGCAGGGAGUCCAUGGGCAGCGGCGGCAGGGACCUGUCGUCCGCGGGCACCACCACGACCACCUCGCCGGCCGCGGUGGCGGCGAUGAUGGCCACCACCAGCUACGGGCACGCCAGCACCGUUUCCAGGGGCAACGCCUCGCCGCCCGGCAUGUACACGCCGUACUGCGCGCCGGCGGCCACCGGAUACGCCAUCAUGGACCACGAGUAUAACACGGCAAGGAAUCACGCGAGCAACCCGGUCAGCCACUCCGGCCACUCGCAGUGGUAUCAGGACGCGAGUCCCGACACGGCGAUCUAUCAGGACACCCAGUCCCCGAGCUGCCAGCUUUACAGGUCCAGCCCGCCGACACCGCUUUCGACGGGCGCGGCGCCGUCCCCGCCGCUGUAUCACAGAUAUUACCAAGACUGUAACGCCGUCAACACCAGCGGCAAUCUACCGAUAACGUUGCAAAAGUACUGAGAAUAUCGGAAUUCAAGGUCCCAUCAGCGGAACCUUGAAGAGCACCACGGCGAUCACUACGAUCCGGGCUUGAUUUACGUCAAGCAGGAGUGGAUACCCACGACGGACGACCUCGCCAAGGAGUGGAACUAGAAGGGUCGUAACGAGCACUGGUAAAGAUCUAGUUUCUCGUAUCGGAUCGUAUCCUCGUGCCGCGUAGAAUCGCUCGUAAACAGGCGAUUAGCUAAUGCGAGCAGUUAGCGUAAUAAAUCGUCAAUGUCUCCGAGGGCGUCGUUAAUCGACGAGCGGUUGCCCUCGGGCCUAGAACUUUCAUCGAUUUCUACCGAAAUCUCUUCGUGGAAGUAUGUAUUAAACGGACUCGCGAUACCGGUCUUCUUCAUUAUUCCGCAUCGUUGUAACAUUUGUAUCAGUCAUCAUUUAAUUCGUAGUCUUGAACAAUGUGCUGAAUGACAAGUUUUUGUAAGCAUCGAGCAACUGCGAUGUCCGAGAGAUUGAAUUAGAGGAAUUCGCGAAGAAAACAUUCGGUUCAAAGGAAUCCGAAGAGCGUGAGACUCGAGUAAUUGAAAUUAAUAGUCCCCGCGUAGUGCAUGAGGUAUAUUAAAAAAGUGCGUAAGCGAGAAGGAAAACGAAUUUUUAAAAAGAAUAUUAGACUCCAAGAUACAUGAUUAUAAAAGUUAAACAAGGCAACGAUAGGCAGGGCGCAAAAAUCGGAGCGCAAAGAAAAUGAAAGUCGUCCCUCGCGACAUCGAUCGAGUGGCUGGUUUUUUUUUAUAUUGGAUGCAUAUUUCGGUGUAAAUUGGGACUUUUCUCAACAGAACAAAGCCAAAAAAUGAAAAAAAACCAACUGUCCCAGUCGUAAUUUUUAUCAGAUUUAAAACAACUCUGACAAUGAGUUUAUAAUUUUAAUUCGUGAAUUUUUUCGUCUUCGUACGCCGAGAGACGAUCUGCAAUAAACUGUAAACUCGAUAAUCGCACGAGGCGGUUCUUAUUUCAAUUGCCUCGCUUUAAAGUCCGAUCUACAAUGUGCUCUGAAACAUUAAUGAAAUAUUUUGUUUUGGUGGCCAAUACGCUUAAAAAAUUUGUGCAUUGUGUUGACAAAUUUUUUCAGACAUAUUGAUUUGUUUACAAUCACCAAAUAGAAUGUUUCUAAUUGCAAAGAGCACACUGUAGAUCAGGCUUCACGAAUGGUGAACGCGAGUGAACGUCCGGGACAAGGAAACAAAUGCGAGUUUCAGGGUAAUCGCUGCCAUCUACGCAAACAUCGCGGGACCGGUCGCCGACCUAGCUUUUUGUUUUCCGUUGCCGUUUUCGCGCCCAUCUGUGCAAACCACCGUAAAUCGCGCGAAAACGCCGGGACGAUCUCCGGCCGAUCAUCUGUUUCCGACAGAUAGCGAUAAGGACAAGUCAGAGUCACCGUCCCGGAUCGUUCGGCUCGCGAUCUUUCCGCGUGACUCGCGUCACGGCGCUCGAAUCGCGUUAUUCCCAGAGACCCUGUAAUCAGAGACUGGCCAUAAGAGGAGUUCGUCAAAUUCCUGCGAGUGAGAGAGAAACGUAGGCUCUCUCACUCGUCUACGAUCGUAACGAAACGGAAUUCGACGAACUCUUGUGGCUCCGAUCGUAGGGUCUCUAGCUAUUCCGAUAUUCCGCAAAUGCGACCCCCGCGUUCGUAUGCGUUUCCGCUCCUUCCGCCAGAAUGUCCUUGGAAUGGGUUGAAAAAGUCAUUGUUUGCUUUGCGCGGCGCGUUUUGCAUCGAGUAUUUCCCCGAUCACGAAAUGUUCGCUUUUUUUUGCACGGCAGCCGUGAUUAUUUUCGAACGAGCGGUCCCAGAAUUUUCGCAUUUUAUGCGAACGCUGUAUCGUCAGACACGUAACGAACGAACGAGUCACGCCAGCGGCUUCGGGGAACAAACGGGUAUAUAUCGAUAGGUUGUUUUACCGCGAAUAGAGACUAAUGAUAAAUAGAGAAGUUUUCAUAUUUUAGAACGCGGGAUCUGCGGGAUUUCCCUCGUGAACGUUCAAUAGCGAUUUAGGUGUUACUUCUAGCAAUCAUUUUGGCGGUAUGCAAUAUAACUUUCUGUUUUAUUUGUACUCGCUUUGGCGGAAACGCGCGCUCGCGAUGGACACACAGCAAGUUAAGAUUUCGACACACUUUCAACGCGAACAUAUUAAUCGACCGAAAUCGCAAAAGGUGAUAAUUGUCGCGAUUUCAGGCGUCCCGGUGUAGGUGCGAAAUUUACAUCACGAUGUACAUGGCGCGCCGAGAAAAGCUAAUUGUAGUCUCCUAAUAGGUUUUUAGUGUCGAAACGGUGAAAAUUCAUUGCGCUUCAGUCCUCACCUCCGAAGGAAUGUUUAAAGUUGUUACGAAGGCGGCGAGAAGCAUUGUAAAAAGAAAAAUAGCUUUAGCGAUUAGUGAGAUAUUGUACUUUCUUCGCAAAAUUGCAUCGCGUCCUUGUGCAUUUAAUCACGUGAUAACCUUCCUCGGUGCCGGAGAUUCGUGCGGUACUCGAUGAAAGAGAGAAGUGAGAUAAUUCUAUACGCAUAGGUAUAUUUAUUGAUCAUAAACACGGAUCAUGUGAAUAAUAAUUAGCGUUAAUAAAUGCUCGAAUCUGCGUGUAUAUUAUUACGAAGGAUGAAGCAGCAUAGAUAGAAUAAAUAGAACAGAUCUAUAUGUAUACAUAUACAGUAUCUAUAUGUGUAUAUACGACGUAUACAUAUAUAUAUAACAAUAUAUGCAUGUAUAUACUUAUACGUGCGGACAUAUUGAUAUUAAUAUUACUAUUAGUACGCUAUUACGUAUUAAUACGUAAGACACACCUACGAAAUAAACGGAAAAAAAUCUCGAA